AUGGUGCUUGAGGGGAUGAACUAUCCCAUCACUGCUACGGUCGAUGUGUUACUUUGGGCAUACAACUACACAUGUCGACGUGACGCAAGCACAGGUGACUUUUGCCAGCCAACAUUCGAUUCUUGGGCAAGCGGAAAUGCGUCCGACAAAGUCUGCAGCGACUGCGUCCUCGGGACAUACCAGAUCCAGCUGGGCAGUGCCAUGGUCUACGAUGAUGAGCUGGCAUCCAACUUUUCAUCCAUGACCUCGUCUUGCCAGGCCACUGGCUAUCCCAUUACAUCGCCAACACCUCUUUACGUUAAUGCUACAGCCACGGCUACAGCAACCACAACAGCCUCUGCCACGCCUUCCAACUCCUGCGUGAGCAACUACACGGUUCAAGCAGGUGAUGACUGUCACUCCAUAAGCGUUUCCCAACAAGUAUCUACCAGCGAAUUAAUAUACUUCAACAACUUGGAGGCCGGCUGCACUGACUUCCCCUCAGCUGGCACCUCGCUUUGUAUGCCUCACACCUGUGAAGUGUACACGGUGCAACAGAACGAUACAUGCUGGGACCUGGCCGAGGCGUCUAAUGGGACGUUCUCCAUUGCCCAACUCGUGUCGUGGAACAUUGAUAUCAGUAACGGUUGUGAGAAUCUCGAACUUCUCGUCGGGAACCAGAUAUGCGUCACGUACCCUGGGGAGACGCCGGUAGUCUCGGCGACAGGGGCGGCAGCAACGGCGACAACAGCCCCUGUGCCGACCAAUAUCGUCGAGGGCACCAACACCAACUGUAGCAAGUACUAUCAGGUUGCUGACGACGAUACAUGCGCCUCUAUCACGCAGAUAUACAGCAUCUCGCUGGCAGAUUUCUACUUCCUCAACCCAGAGAUCAACAGUACCUCCUGCAACAACUUGUACUUAGACUACAGCUACUGCGUACAGCCAGUGGGUGAUAUCUCGACCUAUGCCGGCUAUGGGGGUAGCUCGACCUCGGCGAAUCCCUGUAUUGGCGGGACUACCACGGCUCCGGAGAGCUGCUACGCCACCACGUAUUCGACGAUCGAGGCGUGGACAUUCCCGCCAGUCAACACCACUGGCAAGACGACAGGCGCAAGCAACUCGACGACUUGGGUCUCUUACACCGUCAGCUCUGUACCAGCAUACCCCGUGACAGUCACCAGCUACAACCCGACACCGACUCCUUACCAAAGUGGAAUGGUCGCAGGAUGUGCCGACUUCUACUUCGUUGUUGAAAACGACACGUGCGCCGACAUUGCGGAUCGAUGGGGAGUCUCAGUUGAUAAUCUGUAUGCCUGGAAUCCAGAUGUGAAGACAGAUUGCUCCGGCCUGUAA